GUCAGCUGCAGGACAUGCUGCUGGACUACAACCAGCUCUCCGGCCCCCUCUCGCCCGGCUCCUGCGUCUCUCCCCAUCAUCCAAACCAUCUCAGCAAGAGGGAACGGAUUCGAAGGCUCGGUCCCGAAGGAGCUAGGGUACGCGCAGCGGCUUUCAAGGUUGGAUCUGGGGGGAAACAGGCUGGAUGGGAGCAUUCCAGAGACGCUGGGGCAGAUGUGGAGUCUGACUUCGUUGAGGUUGGACUCGAACCGGAUAGGAGGGUUGAUUCCGACGAGGCUGAACACGCUGGCGCAGCUGCAGGUGCUGACGCUGAAUGGGAACGAUUUAGUAGGGGAACUUCCCCGUUUAAUGGGCUGGAGAAUCUGGUUCGGUUUGACGUGUCGAAUAAUGAUUUGUUCGGGUCGACGCCGGCAGAAGGGCCCCUGGCGAAGUUCCCCCCGUCCUCGUUUGAAGGCAACCCGGGAUUGUGUUAUGGGGAAUGCCCGCCCUCCCCCCCUGGUGGGACCCCAGUCCGCCCUCCCCUCCCCCUCGUGCCCCCCGCCCCCUUCGUCUCCCCAUCCGCUCCUCUUCCUCCUCCGCCUGCCUCUCCCCCACCGCAGGAGCCCCCUCCCCCGGUUCAGCCUCCUCCUCCUCUUCUCCCUCCACCUGUGUCCCCCAUUGUCCCCCCCCCCAAGCGCACUCAUCCCCCAAGACCCCCAUCCCGCCACCCCCGUCCCCCCUGGCCUCCCCACAACCAUUCCCUCCUCCUCGCCCCCAUACACAUCACCCUCUUCCCCCCAGCAAGCCCCCCUCCCCCCCACGCCCUCCCCCCGUCCGCCUCUGACCCCUCCCCCACUUGCGCCUCCCCCUGGUACCGCCCCCCCGCCAGGGGAAGGGCCUUCCCCCGCCCCCUCUCCUUCCCCCAGCCCUUCCCCCUCAUCCGCACCCUCUCCCGCUCCCACUUCUUCCCCCUCCCCUACUCCUGCUCCCGCUUCCCUUCUCCCUCCUCCUCUCGCCCAACCGCCCAUUUCUCCCCUCCUAAUUCCUCCACUCCCCCACCCUCCCAAGCAACACCUCCUCUCCCUUCUCCUCUCACCCCUCCUCUCACUCCCCCUCUCACUCCCCCUGCCACCCCUCCUUCAAACUCCCUCCCACCACCACCACCACCAGCACCACCGCCUGGUGAUUCGUCUAGUAACCUAGACGUAUCCUCCUCCCCCACCCCACCUCCCCCCUCUACAAGCACCAACCCCUAUAGUAACGACCUGGCCUGGUGGCAGCUGCUCGCGUUAUGUGCUGCCUCGUUACUAGCAACUCUGCUCUUUGCAGCGCUGUUCACCUUUGGAUGCCCGUAUCUCUGCGGCAUGGCAGCACGGGCGAAGCACAGGUAUAAUGGGGUGCCUACUAACGAGGAUGCUGCUAUUAAAGCGGAAGCUGAAGCAGCAGCGGCGACGGCGGCGGUGGCAGGGGGAGCAGGAGCAGGGACUUAUAGCGGGCCGUACACAGCAGGCGGGGCAGCAACAGCAGCAGCAGCAGGAGGAGGAGGAGGAGCAGGAGCAGCAGGAGGAGCAGCGCUGAUAGGAGCAGCUGCUGCUGCAGCUGCAGUGGGUAUAGGUGCUGGUGCUGCCGGUGCUGCAGCAGCAGCCGGCUCAAAAUCACCAGGAGGGGCCGGAGACGAUGAUGAUGAUGAUGCAGAUGGUGUGCGGCAGGAGCAGGAGGGGAGAGCAGCUCGUUGCUGGUGACCAUGUUUGACGGGAGGGCCGUGCGUGCAUCCGCGUUAUUAGCAGCCACGGACGAGUUCGGGCAGAGCAAGAUGAUCACGAGGGGCCCGGGGCCCAGCGGGGGGACGGCGUUUGUGGCGGACAUGCUGGGGGACGAAGGACCCAUGCUCGUGGCGAAACUGCUGCCCACGGUGACAGAGCAAGGGGAGGAUGGGGAGGAGUUUCCUGUUCCUAUGAGUCUGAAUAUGGAGGAAAUGCGGGCGCUGGCGGAGAUCGACCAUCCGAACGUGCUACCACUGCUGGUUGCGGGAGGAUGAGAUCACGGGGAGGCGCGUGCUGCUGUACGAGCUCAUGCCCAAUGGGGAUUUGAACGACUUCCUCUAUGAUGAGGAGCUUUCUGAGAACUCGCUAACGUGGGACGCGCGGAAGAAAGUGGCGAUAGGGAUAGCCCAGGGCGUGGCCCAUCUCCAUACCCUCACUCUCCCGCGGCCGCCCGGCUCCCAACUGCCCCCGACCCUCUGGUGCACGGGUCGCUGCAUCCAGGGAACAUCCUGUUGGGGACGAUGGGGAAGCGCGGCUGACCGACACGGCAGCUGCCCGCAUUGCAUUCGAUUCGGACGAUGUACACGUGGCGCCUGAAACACUUGGUAUACUCCGCCUGAGUACAUGUCCGGCCCUACAACAGCAACCCCAGAGGGCGACGUGUUCAGCUUCGGCGUCGUUCUUCUCGAGCUGCUAACAGGCCGACCCCCUUA